AUGUCUCGGGACGGACUGAUACAGCUUCUGGACAACAUACCACCGCCGUCGGUAUGUUGCCAGGGGGCCAUGCUCCUCGCAGCCGCGUGCAUCUUUGCUGUUGCCGCCCUCCCGCGCGAGGUCAAGCACAUCAUGAUGGACUAUGGUGCCAGAGAAGAGCGGCCCCAGACUCACCAAAAGGGCGAGGCGCCGCAGGAGUACAGGCUCGUCAGGCAGCUCGCCGCGUACACGGCGGUGCCGCACUCCUGGUUCAGCAGCUACUACUACACGUCUGUCGCCGGCCUUGCCUUUUGGGCCUACCAAUUCUUGCGCCACGGGCGCCUGAUGCAGCUUCUCGCCAGCCGGCAGGCGUCUGCCGGCCUGCCGUCGAUGGCAAUGGAGCAGGUCUGCGUGACAUGGGGGCUGAUGGCCUUGCAAGGGACGCGCAGGCUGUUGGAGUCUUGGGCGUUGGUCAAGCCCUCCAAGUCGAAGAUGGGGGUGCUUCACUGGCUACUUGGCAUCGCGUUCUAUGCUGGCAUGAGCCUGUCCGUCUGGAUCGAGGGAUCGCAGGCGAUCCGGGAAAAGCAACAAGGCCUUUUGAACGGAACAACAGCAGUCCCCGUCAAGACUAUGGUAGCGGUUCCAACGUUCCUGUUGGCUAGCGUCCUGCAAAAUGGCUGCCACAGGUAUCUAAGCAGCCUGAAGAAGUACUCUCUGCCGGAGAAGGGUCUCUUCCGGCAUAUUGUCUGCCCACACUACACGUGCGAGUGUGUCCUCUACGCAGCAUUGGCGCUGGGUGCGGCUCCAGAGGGUCGACUGUUGAACCGAACACUCCUAUGUGCUCUCGUGUUCGCGGCCACCAACCUGGGCGUUACCGCAAAGAGGACCAAGGAUUGGUAUGCUGCCAAGUUCGGGCCAGACAAGGUUGCUGGUAAAUGGGCUAUGAUCCCGUUCGUUUUCUGA